AACUUGUUUACAAGAGUUCGCGAGACCACGUGAUUAGAAAAAUGGCGAUUACGGAAAUUACCGUCCUUGAACAUUUACUUUGUUUUUAUCGAACUUAGAGCACUCUUUGACAUUAUUACGAUUUGUGUGUUUUCUCGAGUUGGACAUACUAAUGGCAAAAAAGGGUUGUGUAGACGGAACAUCUUUGUUUUUACCUUCUAUUUUAAAGUGAAUGACAAGCUUUAUCAAGAAGGAAAGAAUACAUGUUCACCUUUGAGAAAAUGGAUUUUGAUCAGCAUAGUUUGAGAAGCAAUACUUCUCACCGCAACUUCGAACGCCCUGGGUCGGAUAUCAAGAAAAAGGGGUACAUGAAAAAAAUGAAGACCAUGAAGAAAAAAUUUUUUGUCUUGCGGUCCACAAGCUCCAGUGGACCUGCCAGGCUGGAGUAUUAUGACUCGGAGAAGAAGUUUAACUCUGGUACAUCCGCCAAACACCCCAUCCACCUCCACACUUGCUUCAAUAUCAAUAAGAAGUCAGACUCAAAACAUGGAAAGUGGGGUAUUGUGCUCUACAGCAAAGAUGAGUGCUUCACAGUCCUAACAGAAUCAGAGACUGAGCAGAAUAGCUGGCUGGAGCUAAUGUUGGAAUACCAGAGCGAGUAUCUGCCUUGCGGAGAUGUUCGUGACCAUUAUGAUCAUGUCUGGUCCAUCAAUGUACAUACCAAGUGUCUCAUUCCUAAAGGUCAAUACAGACUAUGCCUAAAUGAAAACACCCUAUCUCUCUUCAAGACUAACAAAUAUCAACCUGAGUAUAAUAUACAUCUGAGUACGAUCAGAUCAAUAGCCACCACAGACAACUCAUUUGGUGUGGAGGUGGGCAAACAUGCUCCAAUGGGAGAAGGAGAGUUUACUUUUGUAGUGGAAGAUGCUAGUGUUGCCAAGGAUAUGCACUCUAUUCUUUUAAGCUAUAUGAAUGCUGCAGCAACCAAGUUGGCCCAAUUAUCAAUUGGUCGUAGGAGGCUUGACAGUCAUACAAGCAGCCCUGGGAGACGAUCAGAGCAACCUUCGUCUCGUCCACAUUCCUGCUUCCCAUCAUCAUCGUCAUGGCAGCCUGUAGCCUCUCCCACUAGUCCUAAUAACCCUAUUGACAAUCUUCAGCCCAUAAUGAGACCAAGAACAAACACUGCAGAGUCACGCUACAGUCACACGGAAGACAAAAUGGAAGUGGUUUUUCCCCUUGUAACCACUGAUAUGGACCCAGUCAGCAUGGUUCCUCCUGACAUGUCACCCCCAUCCUCUCCAAACCAUCUUGAUGAGCAAGUGCAGGAGUACUAUGAGAUGGACAACUUAAAGAAUGCUCAGAUGACCACAUCCACAUCACAGGAAAGCACUUACUUAAACAUGGCCAGUAGCUCUCAUUCACAAAAAGAAACUGUCCCUACCAACAGUCAAACAGUCACUGCACAAAGUCAGCCUGACACUUACAUGACCAUGGGAAGCAACAGCCAACCCCAGGGCUACACACACAGCCAAGGGUCAUUGACAGGUUGUCCUGGGAUGGUAGCAGCAACAGCGCACCAUGGGACUGCGCCGAUACCGAUGCACAGUUUUUCUGAAAGCCACCAUUCAACACUCCCCACAGUGAGGGAAGGAGGAAGCAAUGAAGGUUAUCUCCCAAUGGAGAUGCCCAAUAGCUUAUCCAGUUCAACUGGGAUACUCAGACCUGAGCCUGCCAAGUGCAUGCUGUCAGAUGAUACAGCUGGUCUACCACCACGCACUUAUUCCCUAGGCAGCAGGCCAGUCAGCAAGAAAGAUCAAGGCUACAUGGAGAUGGGCCCUCGAGGAGGUGUCAAUGACAUGUCAAGGGCCACCAGUGCGCCCCAUAUUAUCAACAACCUUAAAGCACGUAAAGAGCACAGCAUGGGGUCACCUUCACAGAGUGCCAGUCCAUUGAGUGCAUCACUCAAGUCUGAUGACUCUGAUUCCUUUAUGGAAUACAUGCCCAUGAGACCACGUACUGCUAGUGAUAGUUUCAACUACAGGCCACGCACCUCUAGUUUUGGGAAACUACAGCCCAUGAGUAGGCCCAGGUCAUCCAGCCAUGGCCAGGGCACUCGACCAGUUAAGUACAGUAAAUUGAUCAUGGAGCAGUCCAGACUAGCGCUUGAGCCUCAGCACAGACUGUCUCAGGAGUCUUCAUUGUUAGGCUCUUUCGAAUCUUUGCGUGUUUCCAGCGAGAGCUUGCGUAAGAUGGGACAUGAUAUAAGGAAGAAGACUGGAUCCAAUGCAAGUGACUAUGCGGAGAUGAGGAGCACUCCUUCCCCACAGUUUAAAGUGGAGGUUGAUCCUGGGUAUAUGACUAUGCAGCUGGGAACCACCCAACGGAAGUCAUCCCCUCAUCGCAUCAGAUCUGACUCCAGUAGUAGUAGCCGCAGGUCAGAGGUAAUCUCAGAGCGCAGUUACCAGCAGGCUGGCCUAAAAGAAACAAAUGACUAUGCAGAUAUGGCUCCGCUGAAUGCACAAGCUGGUGGGGGAGAUUCCUACAUGACAAUGGAGUAUAAUCAGCAGCAUUCUAGCAGUCUUGUCGACAAGAGGCCAGUUAGUUUUAUCUCACCCUCAUCAUCUGUUCAACCACAGACGGACUCGGCUUACUUCAACAUGGACAUGGACAGUUUGAAACAUGGGGAUAACAGCCGCUCUGCUUCUCUGGAGAAUGUGGAUACCUAUGUUGUCUAUGAUCCUCAACAACCUGUGAGUAACAAGCUUCGAACUGGGUCUGUGGGGGCCAGAGAUAAGAAAAUAUCUCGCCCUGCCAGAAAGGCUUCUUCUGUGUCAAUGUCCUCAUCAUCUCCAACAUCUUCUGGCAUAUUCCUCCCCCCAACAACAACGUCAGCCUCUACUUCUACUCGCACUGGUGGCAGCAGUGAUUCCAUUCGUAAAACCUCAAGGCAGUCUUCGAUGGAAAAGAAUGCCAGCCUUGGAAAAGAUUUUCGGAAAAAAAGUGGGUCCAUGGGCAGCAAGCCGAGCAACGUUAAAGCCUUUUUUACUGAUAGGGAGCACCAAGCUUCUUUGUCUGCUGUACAGCCUAAAAAACCCUUAGAUGACCCCGAUGAUGAAUAUAUUGAAUUUAGUCCCACUGUGACUUUAGGAGAUGGUGACCAUCCCCCCCAUACAAAAACACAAUCAGUAAGCCAGUUUUUUAAAACAGUUCAGCAGUCAUCUAGCAAAGCCCAACAGCCUGGACGGGCUGAAGAUGAAGCUUACACUGAAUACAAUCCUGCUUUGCCUCCAGUUUCAAAAGCUUUACCGGUCAAGCCUCUGAAUGCCCCAACUGUUAAAGGGGGUGUCUUGCCAAGCUCUGUGCCCCAAGCCAAACAUGUUUCCGCCAAAGUUGUACCAGAAUAUGUUGGAUUUAAACCAAGUACAAACCCACCUCCUGCCCUAACAGGAGGAGGAUAUCAGUCUGGAGCAGUUUCAGCACAGGACUAUGUUGGCUUUGAGCCUGAAGCUAUACAUGGACAACAUUGUGGAGGCUACCAACCAGGAUUAAUGCAAGGACAGCAGUGUGGUAGCUUUCAACCAGGGACAAUGCAUGGACAACAGUAUGUAGGCUAUCAACCAGGAACAAUGCAUGGACAGCAGUGUGGAAGCCAUCAAUCAGGGGCACUGCACACACAACAGUUUGUAGGUUAUCAGUCGGUGACACCAUAUGGACAGCAGUGUGGCAACUUUCAACCUGGAGCAAUUCAAGGACAGCAAAAAUAUCAACCAAUGACAAUGCAUGGACAGCAGUGUGUUGGCUGUCAACCAGUUGCAAUGCCAGGUCAGCAUUAUGUUGGAAAUCAACAGGUACAGCUGUGUAGUGGUUAUCAGCCAGGAGCAAAACAAGCCCAGGACUAUGUUAGUUAUAAUCCUGCCACUGACCAAACCCAAGACCAUCCAAGCCGUCAGUCUAGUGCAAUGCCAUUACAGGACUAUAUUAGUUAUAACCCUGGCACUGUUCCAGCCCAAGACAAUGCAGGCCGUCAGUCUAGUGCAAGUCCAGCACAGAACUAUGUUGGUUAUAACCCUGGCACUGUUCCAGCUCAAGACACUGCAGGCCAUCAGUCUAGUGCAAUACCAGCACAGAGCUAUAUUGGCUGUAAACCUGCAACAAUAUCAGCUCAGCAAUGUGUUGUCUCAAAAUCUGGAGUAGUGCCUCCUCGGCAAUGUAAUUCUUUUCAGCAAGGAACAGUGCUAGUUCAUAACUCAGUAAGUUACCAGCAAGGUCAAUCACCAGCACUUGACUAUGUUGAUUACCAGCCUGGAAAAGCAGCUUCACAAAGCUUUGCUGGAACAACCACACAGCAGCUGACCACAGUGGCUAAAGACCAAACCAGUGGUCAGGCAAAACCCACAACUGCAUUUCCAUUUUUUCCUUUACCCCUGACUAGGAAAUCACCAGAAGUGCAGUCAGAUGGUCAAGAGUAUGUAGGCUUUGAGCCUGGGAAAAAUGCAUCACUGAAUUAUACAGCUCCUGGGGCUACUGUCUCUUACAUUCAAAUUCCUGUUGUGACUGACAAAUCUGUUCCUAAACAGCCUACUUGUUCCAGUCAGUCAGAUUCUAGCAGAAUGAGCUCAGUAGACACAAAAUCAAAUGUAAUGAAAUCAUCUACUCCAGAGUCAGGCUCAUCAUCGCAUAGUUCUGUGAUCUCAUCUACACAACCAGCAGUCAUCACACUAGCUCCGUUGUCUUCAGGUCAGUCUCCCUGUCUACAUGACACAGUGAAACAGCCAUGUGACAAAUCUUGCUCAUCAUCUUCAGGUUGUGUUCCGCUCAUCACUGCCAAAGCUGCCACUCCAACACAACAUAUACCUCAACUAACCUCUAGCAGUAGUCAGCAGUGUGUUACCAUUGAAGGACCUCAGGUAUCUAAAAACAGUCCUUCCCAAGUGUCCAAAUCAGAAGAAGAAAGUCAGUAUUUAAGUUUUAAUCCUGCUGCUCCAGAAACUAUAUUCGAACCUCAUUUAAAUAUAGUCCCUGCCAAAGUUGUUUGUGUGAUCAGUGAUAAGGCUACCAAAUUAGCUGAUCUUAGGAUAGAUGUGAGCUCAGAGAUACCUAACAUUACACAGUCGGCCAAGGCUUACUUCCACAGGCAACUAUCUGGAAGUGACAGUUCAUCCCAGAGCUUGUCACAACAAAGUGCCACCAGUUCUCCAUCUCACCAUCCCAGCCCAGAUAGGUCAAAGCUAUGUGACACAAUUCCAGACCACACCCCUUCUCCCGAGACACUCAAUAACUGCAACCAGGCUCCAAACUCCCAGUCAUUUUUUCAGGGGGACAACAACAAAAGGCAUAAACACCUAAGUGGGCCUGAGAUUACCUCACCCACACCAGCCUCUUCCAGGCAGAAGCAUCCCAGUGGCUCAUCUCAGAAAAACCGCAAAAUAUUGUCAGACACUGAGAAGUCAUUUAUCAAAAUAGGCAAGUCAGACUCUCUAAGUAGCAAUAGCUCAGACACAACAUGUUCCAGCAAAGGUCGACGUCGAAGAGCCAGUGGUGAAAAGUCCUCAGGCAGUAGCACUGAGAAAAGCCCCAUGUCACCCAACAAGGGCAGCGGGGUUGAGUUUUUCUGUGGUGAAGCCAGCCCCACUUUUGGGAAAUCUUUAGAAGCAAAGAUGGUUGUUGUAGAAGCCAAGAUUCGCCACAGUGUUGGUGAUGUGACUUCCCUCAUAUCUACUGUGACCAAAGAUGGUCAUGUUCUUAGCCUUGGGGACAUGACUGCAGCCAUCAACAAAGAUGGGCAUGGCCUUGUCCGUCCGGGAAGCACUCCUUGCAUGCAGAAUUUAGAAUCUAAUCCAGAUGCUUGUAACAGAUCAACAGGAAGUGAUCCAACCUCAUCUGGAGGAUCUCAUUUUUCUUCCAGUUCUCGCUCUAGGCAUAGCAUUCCUGACCUUGGCUUCUUCCAACAGGUAGCCUCUAACUCUGAGCAAAAGGCCAACUCCAGCAGUGGAAGUGGGGAAAGCUGUGGUAAUGAGGCUGGGUUCAAGCCUUUGAACUAUUUAAGUCUUGACCUGAGUAUUUCUGAAGGACAAGGAGAUGCUGACUGGAAAUUGACCCGCUGCAAAAGCAGAAACUCUUCUGAUGCAGAUGAGAGGCAACCUCCUUUGUCCUAUGCAGAAAUUGACUUUGUACGAUCACAGAGUUUAAACAAAGGUAAAUCAUUAACUACAGCAGGCGGAGACAAAUCUUGAAGCACACAAAUCAACUCACUCAACCCUCUUAAAAUGGCAAAACUCUUGAUUACAAAUACUUUACAAAAGUGAUGUUAUUAUUCAUUAUUAAUGCCUAUAUAUAUUGUCUUAUCACUUUGUCAUAGCAUACAAUAGUCUGUCAUUUCAUCAUCAGGUUGACUUGCAUGUCAUUUUAUCUUCACUCGAAAAAAACUAAUAAAGACAGUCUAAUUGUCUGGAUAACAUUGUGUUGAUUAGAUGUCUAACAGCUUUAUGUCAUCCAUGAUACUAGUGUGGCCUUUAAUGUUUUUAUUUUAUCCAUGCAUUUAAAUAAGCUUUUUUUUAAAAAGAAUUCUUUCCAGAUCUUGUAACGUUUUGUCCUAAUUCUAUAAUUCACCAGUGUUAAAUUUUACCUUGAUAGAGUGUGUCAUAUUGUGAAUUGACCUUUUUGUAUGCCUAUAAUAGAGAGCUUUGAUUUAGUCUUACUAUAUGAUAACAAUAGUGUCAGGUGUUACUUGUGGGACCUGCUUAAACCUCACCUCAAAGUGUGUUCCACUACUAUGAGCAUGGACUGCGGUAUUAAAAUGUAUUUAAGCUCAUGGCUAAUGUUGCUCUUUUCCUCAACUGAUUAGUGUAAGGUCUCAACUGGUGCCUUUUCUAACAAACUGGUUUUUCUAAGAAAAAUCAAAAACACUCGCUAUAUUAUGGUCAUGUGGCUGGAAGAGACUUUCUUCUGUAGACAUAAUGCAGUUUUGCUGUCCCACCCAUAUCAGUCAUAAUAGAAAGUACUAGUUGACCGCAAACGUUAAAAUAUUUAAAAAUAUGGGCCUUUGUCAAGGUUUAAAAUGUUUGCACUGAGCUUUUCUUGACAUUUAGUUGUCACCUUUUUCUUGACUCUUCUCAUUGCCUUUGGGCGUCUUUGUUAGCUUUCAAUCCUAAAGUCUUUAGAAGUUAAUGUUUGAAGGUUUUUUUACGUGAGGGGAUGUUUUUUUGUCAAUGUUGUUGGAGAUAGAUGAAACCAAGAGUCAAGAUCUGAUGCAAUGUGUCAUUUGAUGUCAUGCUUUCUUGAGCCACCAGACUUCAUUUGGAAAUCAGCUUUUAUUUAUUAUAAACAUUUAAUACCAAUUGUCUUUGUUCUCAGCCUUCUUUAGAGAAGACUAAAAAAACGUAAAUGUGCGUACAUAAAUGUUUUCACAGUUACCCUUAAGUUGGCGAAAGCAGAUUCCUAAUAAAGUCUUUGGGAAAAAAGUUAUAUUCUUCUUCUUCUAGCCAGCUUUUUGCUGCUGAGCUGUCAGCUCUUUUGCAGACUGUGCCAAGGAAAAAUAGUGUGCUGUUUUCUUUAGUUGUUGAACAAAG